AUGGGAAGGGGUUUUGGGUGCUUUGGGGUGAAGGCCCAUGGGCAGGGCUGGCAUGUGCCCCCCCCCCAUGUGUCCUCCCCAGACGUGAAGCACUACGCCGUCUUCGUGGGCCAUGGGACGAGCCGCCCGGCCGGUCCCGAGGGGGGGAGCACCCAGCGCCUCAACAUCCAGCGCAUCCUCAAGGUCAACCGGACCCUCUUCAUCGGGGACAGGGACAACAUCUACCGUGUGAGCCUGGAGCCCACCGGUGCCGGCGAGAUGCGCUACCACCGGAAGCUGACGUGGCGCUCGAACCAGCACGACAUCAGCAUCUGCCGGAUGAAGGGGAAACAUGAGGCAGAGUGCCGAAACUUCGUCAAGGUGCUGCUGGUGCGGAACGAGAGCCUGCUCUUCGUCUGUGGCACCAACGCCUUCAACCCCAUCUGUGCCAACUACAGCAUGGACACACUGGAGCCCGUUGGGGACAACAUCAGCGGCAUGGCCCGGUGUCCCUAUGACCCCAAGCACGCCAACGUGGCCCUCUUCACAGGGGGGAUGCUCUUCACUGCCACGGUGACGGAUUUCCUGGCCAUCGACGCCGUCAUCUACCGCAGCCUGGGGGACAGCCCGACCCUCCGCACUGUCAAACACGACUCCAAAUGGUUCAAAGAGCCCUACUUCGUGCACGCUGUGGAAUGGAGGAGCCACGUCUACUUCUUCUUCCGGGAGAUCGCCAUGGAGUUCAACUAUCUGGAGAAGGUGGGAGACAUCCCCGAGGUGGCCCGGGUAUGCAAGAACGACAUGGGGGGCUCGCAGCGGGUGCUGGAGAAGCAGUGGACCUCCUUCCUCAAGGCCCGGCUCAACUGCUCUGUGCCGGGUGACUCGCACUUCUACUUCAAUGUCAUCCAAGCCGUGACGGACAUCCUGGAGCUGGACGGGCGCCCCGUGGUGCUCGCUGUCUUCUCCACGCCUGCCAACAGCAUCCCCGGCUCGGCCGUCUGCGCCUUCGACAUGACCCAAGUGGCCGCCGUCUUCGAGGGACGUUUUCGGGAGCAGAAGUCACCCGAAUCCAUCUGGACACCUGUGCCCGAGGACAUGGUGCCAAAGCCCCGGCCUGGGUGCUGCGCGUCCCCGGGGAUGCGCUACAACUCCUCCAGCACCUUCCCCGACGAGAUCCUCAACUUCGUCAAGACGCACCCGCUGAUGGACGAGGCGGUGCCGUCCCUGGGCAACGCGCCCUGGAUCCUCCGCACCAUGAGCCGGUACCAGCUCCGCAAGAUCGUGGUGGACAACGCAGCAGGGCCGUGGGGCAACCACACCGUGGUCUUCCUGGGCUCCAGCACAGGCACCAUCCUCAAGUUCCUCAUCCAGCCCAAUGCCAGCGCCAGCCCCGCACCCGCCCCCCCCGGCAGCCAGAGUGUCUUCCUGGAGGAGUUUGAGACGGGGGUGAAGAGGCGGGAGGAGAAGCUCCCCAUCCUGCAGCAGCCCCCCGAGAGGGUGGUGGCAGGGACCAGGGAGCUGGUGUCGUCCACCAUGAGCGGCGCGGUGGGCCUGGCCCGCGGCGCGGUGCAGGGGGGCGUGGAGAGGACACGCUCGGCGCUGAGCACUGGCGUCAGCACCGUGGUGGGCUCCCGCGUGGGACGGCUGCUGGCCACGGGGGUGGAUGCGGUGCUGGGGAAAUCGGAGGAGCUGGUGGAGCGAUACCUACCCGGGACGGACGAGGAGCUGGGUGAGCGCCGACCGUGCCGGGCUUCCCUCUCCCGCGCCCGCUCCUUCCACGACCUGUCGAGUUUGAUGGUGGCGCAGAGCCGGGAGACGGUGAUGCGGGCGCAGUUGAGCAUCGACGAGCUGCUGGAGUACGUGGGGCAGCACGCGCCCCUGCCCUGGCUGGUGGGACCCUUCGCCCCCGCCCUGGUGGAGUAUCCCGAGGAUGUCCCCGUGGAGAUGGCCAAAUGGGAGGGCUGCAUCACCGUGGGGGGGACGCACCGAGUGCCCGCUCCCCCACGGCUCUGCAGCCAGCGCUGA